CCCCCCCCCCUUAUGUUUCUCCUUGUUCCCACCUUCCCCUUCCUCUCUGAGCACACUCCGUGUAGCCAGUGGACGGUCGGUCUCUCAGUGCUCCUCUUUCUCUUCUUCCCUUCUUCCAUUCCUUACCCUCUCAACCCCCUCAAAAGGAAUGGAAAUCACAUUUUAGUCCCUCCCGACCCUUGAAAAUUGCAUCAAAGUCCUUUCAAGAAAUUCUCUGGGAUCAGUACAUGAGCUCUUAUACUCCUGUCUCUUAAGGGAGUUCGCUCUCUUUCUCUCUCCUCCCUCGGUUCUAUUUUGCUCUGUUCUCUUUCUGGAGAGAAGGCUUCGGAGAUAUGGAGAAGAAGCAGGGGUUCUUCGCAUCGCUGAAGGAGGAGGUGGUGAGGGGCCUCUCGCCGGCGAGGUCUCGGGCGAAGAGCCCGGCGAGGAGCCCGUCGCCAAUGGCGGGGUUGCUGCUGCCACGGCGGCGAAAGGCCGGGAACGGGCGCCACCACUCGCUGGCGCACCUCCCGGAGCCGUUGAUCGCGAGAUCCGGCAGCUUCCGGCCCGUCGGGGAGGCGCUAGCCCCGCUCGUGGAGGGGCCCGACCCGGACGCCAUCGCGGACGGCGGCGGGGAGUCGCGGCGGGAGGGUGGUUGGGGCCACUGGGUCCGGGGCCAGCUUUCCCGCGCCCCCUCUGUCUCCUCCGGCGCCGGAGGCGGAGGCGCCUCCUCCUCUUCCUACCAUCGCCGCUCCGACCUCCGCCUCCUCCUGGGCGUCAUGGGCGCCCCGUUAGCCCCUGUUCACGUCAGCUCCGCCGACCCCCUCCCCCACCUCAGCAUCAAAGACACGCCCAUUGAGACCUCGUCGGCGCAGUACAUACUGCAGCAGUACACGGCGGCGUCGGGAGGCCUUAAGCUCCAGAGCUCCAUCCGUAACGCGUACGCCAUGGGGAAGGUGAGGAUGGUGGCGUCGGAGUUCGAGACGGCGACCAAGGUAAUGAAGAACCGCGGCUCGUCGCGGUCCGUGGAGUCCGGCGGCUUCGUCCUCUGGCAGAUGGCCCCCGACAUGUGGUACGUCGAGCUCGCCGUCGGCGGCAGCAAGGUCCACGCCGGCUCCAACGGCAAGCUCGUGUGGCGCCACACCCCCUGGCUCGGCGCCCACGCCGCCAAGGGCCCCGUCCGCCCCCUCCGCCGAGCCCUCCAGGGACUCGAUCCGUUGACCACGGCGAGCAUGUUUGCCAAUGCCCGGUGCAUUGGAGAGAAGAAGGUCAACGGGGAGGAUUGCUUCAUUCUCAAGCUCUGUGCUGAUCCACAGACACUGAAAGCUAGAAGCGAAGGCCCGGCCGAGAUCAUAAGACAUGUCCUUUUCGGCUACUUCAGCCAGCGAACCGGGCUGCUCCUCCACAUGGAGGACUCCCACCUUACCCGAAUCCAAUCCAACGCCGGCGGCGAUGCCGUCUACUGGGAGACCACCAUCAACUCCUUCCUCGAUGACUACCGCCUGGUUGAAGGCGUCAUGAUAGCCCACUCGGGCCGUUCGGUGGUCACCCUGUUCCGCUUCGGCGAGAUGGCCAUGAGCCACACCAAGACAAGGAUGGAGGAGGCGUGGACCAUCGAGGAGGUGGCCUUCAAUGUCCCUGGCCUCUCCGCGGAUUGCUUCAUUCCUCCAGCCGAUAUAAGGUGCGGCUCCAUUAGCGAAACCUGCGAGCUGCCCGGCGGCGAGAGGGCAAAGACCAGCAUGGUCCACCGGGCAAGGGUGGCGGCGGUGGAGAAGCCGCAGGAUGCCGGCGAGAAGAUCGUUUGGAGGGUCGAAGUCUAAUACUUAGGAGUAGUGUAUUGCAUUGUUCAUACUAGUAGACGUUAUUCCAGUUAACUGACUCACCAUGAAAUGUAGGUUGGUAGACACUGAUUCGAGAUAGAUAAUUUGGAGUUUUCGCCAAAUGGGGGCUGUCCUCUGUAUAUAGGAGCAUAAUUGUUCACAGGUCUUACUUCUCACAGGGCCUGGGUGAAUCUUUAUUCUCUGGAUGCAGAAUUCUUGGCAGAUGGAUUGGUUAGAAGUAUCACCUCCCUGUGGGAUGGGGAGUGGAUUUCUUCCUUCCAUGCCCAAAGGAUCUUGUUUGUGCUGGUGAUCUGGAGCUAGUACUAAUUCGCCUUGCGGGCGGCGACAGCAAUUCACUGGCCUGGCCGGCCGGCGCGUCGCAGCUCCGACGGCCUUUCAGAUUAAGUUGUAAUGUGUGUUUGUUUGUUCUUUGUUAUCAAAACUCUUGUUCAUGUUGCAGGAGAAGCUAGUUUUGGGAAGUAGCUACCCGUUCCUCCCUGCCUUAAGCUGUAACCAAAUUUGUGUCUUUUAGUAUCUGGAUGUAUGUGUCAGUCCUAAUUGGGAGAGGAGUCGAUGUAAAACAAACUUCCAUCAGAUAUUGAAGGCUUACAUGUUAUCUCUCUUGCUCU